CAACGGAAGUCAAAUAAAGAGAAAAACGAAUUCUCCUUCUUUUAAUUCCGGUUGUCAGGGAUCCGUGGUUAGGUUAUCAACGUUGUUGGUGACUACUGAAAAUAGUGAGGAUAAUCUAAAUCGCAAAGAUGAAAGCUAAAGGAGAGCUCAAAGAAUAUGAAGUCAUUGGAAGAAAACUUCCAACUGAGAAAGAAAAAACUACACCUUUGUACAAGAUGAGAAUAUUUGCACCUGAUGCCAUUGUAGCCAAAUCAAGAUUUUGGUAUUUCCUUCGUCAGUUGAAGAAGUUUAAGAAGAGCACUGGAGAAAUUGUUUCAUUAAAACAGAUCCCGGAGAAGUCUCCAAUUAAGAUAAAAAAUUUUGGCAUUUGGUUGAGAUAUGAUUCUCGAUCAGGAACCCACAAUAUGUACCGCGAGUACAGAGACUUGAGUGUGUCAGGAGCUGUGACUCAGUGCUACAGGGACAUGGGAGCCCGCCACCGUGCUAGGGCUCACUCCAUCCAGAUUAUUAAGGUUGAGAUAGUCAAGGCUGCAAAUUGUCGCCGCCCACUUGUGAAGCAGUUCCAUGACGCUAAGAUCAAGUUCCCUCUGCCAAAGAGGAUCCAGAGAACCAACACAAUGCCUAGGUUCUCAGUCAGGAAGCCAAGAACUUACUUCCUGUAAAUUAAUGGCAGUAAUGUUUUACAUUAAUAAACAAAUAAAAUAAC